AUGGCGAGACUUAGCAAACAUUCCUUCGCUAUUUACGAGGACUCUGGCAUUCCGACCCCGGACUCCACUUUGCCGGAUCCAUUUGACGAUGUGCCUGAGGAGGACGAAGAUGGAAUAGCCGACGAGGACAUAGGAGGAGCUACUGAUCAGUAUGCCGAAGAUGCGGAGGACGAGGUACAUGAGGAUGGCACGAAGGCGGUGGGUGAGGACAGACGGGAGUCCGCAAUCACCAGGACAUCCAUCUCCUCCUUGGGCAACACAACAUGCGAGGAAGAGCCCACGUACGCUCCACCGAUCAUCCGACCGUCGUUCAUGCGACCUGAAAGCGUCCGACGCAUGCAGAUGAGCUCGCCGCCCCCAUAUCGAAGUCCACGGCAAUCAGUCCUCCGUCACAGUCGCCCAUCACGGCAUGGAACACCACAUUCUGCCCGCUCAGCCCAGGCUCGAGGAAGUCCCAUGUCACGAAAACGAUAUGGCAGCCACGCUACGGAUUCAGGGGAGAACAAGGUAGAGUAUCCUCUGGUUCUGCUGCACAUCACCCUCCUACCAGUAAUACUACCCUGGAGCGCGGAAGCAAUUCAAGAGAUUCUACCAGAGCGGACCAUGCACGACCUCCAGCUCUUGCGGUCCAAAGUCAGCGAGACGAUGGCCAGACGUGGCCUUCUGAUCCCGCAUCCACGGGAAGAGUACGAAAUGCUGGAGGAGCGUCUCCUCGAAGGCCUAGAGCUGAAGGAAGAGCGGAUCUCCAAAUGUGGACACUUUCGCGGACGAGGUUCUGAUACCUCAACUUUGUCCACCGGCAGCGACUCCGGGCUCGGCUCUAGCAUUGAAGGUUCCGUGGACCUGGAAUUGGAUGUGUGCCAAACGUGUCGUAGUCCCGUCAAGGGGUCACGAGAAUCUCGGCCUCUGCGAUGGUCGAUAAGGAUAUAUGCUUCGAAUGGCCUUAUGCGAGCGUCUGCUUGGGCGGCAGCGUGGAGUGAAAUGGAGGCUGUAGAUGUAGAGAUUUUGCCUUACAUUGGUGAUGCCACGCGGGCGCGACUGGAUCAGAGCCGAGAGGUGGAAGUGGCCGAGGAGCUGGCGAGGGAGGCGGAGGAAGAGGUAAGAGUAUGUGAGCAGGAAGAUGAGAGGCUUCUAGCAGCUCCUACGGGGGCCGAACAUGAUGUGCUAGCGAGAGGGUACGGAGGUCGAGAGCAGGAGCUAAGCGUGCAAUGUCCUGAGCCACUGGCCGCCUUGUCUGGAAGUCCAAUUGCAAAAUCUAACGAGCCACAGACCGAGCUCCCACAGGUCUAUCGACGCUCCGAAGUGCCUUUGUCAGUGCUCCUCAGGAACUACCUAGUCCUACUGGCCAAAGAUCGUCGCAACGUAGCGAUCUUCUUCCUCAGCUUGGUGGCAUUGUGGUUCGCACUACUAAGCAGAUCCGCAGGGCAUACCAAUCUCGACAUCUUGCCGGCUGGGAACGCAAGCUGGGUUGCAAACGAAAGCGUCGCGGGGAUUAUGAUGGACCAAGGCACCGAGAUGAUUCAGAACGCCUACGAGAAUAUCACCGCUGGAAUUGCGGCUGUGGAUGAUGCGGUGAGUGGAAAAGUGAGCCAGCACGAAAAGACUAGCAUGGCUGGCGAUGGUCUUGGAAAGAAUUUCGUAGAACUGCUCGACGAGGAGACCACUGAGAAACCAGUGUGA